CGGGUGUUAAUGAGGCAACUGUCACUGUUUUCAAGCAAAGAAGCCACGAAACUUUGGACAUACCGCCCCAGCAAGGCUUCCGAAGGUCACACCGAGAACUCUCAGCUUCAGCUCACAGUGGCCACCUUGCUCUUUUGGUGUGUAUGGGACAGAGUGGCCCUUGUCUCUUGGAUCUUGCACCGGCGUGAGUUGGUUCCACUGAUGCUAAUAAUGCCAUGUAGUGGCCCCUGCAAUACCUCACCAAGUGCCACAAAUGCCGUGCCAACUCUGGCGUCGUGUACUCGUGCCAGCAUCUACCGUAUCGGGCUGGAUCUUUAUCCACCGGCCACGACCCGAUCCGAAGCGCGCUCCUCCAACAACCCACGGGCGCCGCCUCGUUGGCUCUUCGGAGAGAAGGGCUUGCUCGCGAGAGAGAGAUCUUGGCCAUCUCUUAUAGUCAUCUUCGAGGAUUUAUUUAAGUCAAUGAGCAAGAUUAAGGGACUUAAAGCUUUUAUUGGUUUGAUUACUCAUGGACGACAUUCUCAGAAUACGAUCUUGUCAAGCGCAAACAGGACUUCAUCUUUCUCUUAUCAAUGUCUGGUUAGAUCCGUUACAACUUCAGAGCACACAAAUGGGAAGAUAUCAGCAACAGUUGCUUCUGAUGAGAAAAAUGGGACAGGGGAUUCAGAUCAGACUGCUUCUCAAAAGCCUGUUCGAGGAGGGCCUGUCUCAUGGUUGAGCCUUGUUUUGCUUAUUGUCACUGGAGGAGGAUUGAUAGUUUACUAUGACAAAGAGAAGAAACGACACAUUGAAGGACUGAAGACUUCAUCAAGUACUGUGAAACAGGGACCAUCUGUGGGAACUGCUGCUAUUGGUGGUCCAUUCAAGCUUGUGAACCAUUAUGGCAAAACGGUUACUGAAAAGGAUUUUCUGGGGAAGUGGACACUGAUAUACUUUGGAUUCACAUAUUGCCCUGAUAUUUGUCCUGAUGAACUCCAGAAAUUGGCUGCUGCUGUUGAUAAAAUAAAAGCAAAGUCAGGGAUGGAAGUUAUACCAGUUUUCAUUUCAGUUGAUCCUGAGAGAGACAAUGUUGAACAAGUCCAUGAAUAUGUGAAAGAAUUUCACCCAGACUUGAUAGGCUUAACUGGUACAGCAGAUGAGAUAAGACAAGUUGCUCGUGCUUUUCGGGUCUAUUACAUGAAGACAGAGGAGGAGGGUUCUGACUACCUCGUCGACCACUCUAUUGUUAUGUACUUGAUGAAUCCGAACAUGGAGUUUGUCAAAUUUUUCGGCAAGAAUUAUGAUGCAAAUGCACUCACAGAAGGCGUGAUUAAAGAGAUCAAAGCCGGCUGACAUUUUUUUUUUGUCCCUCGACAUGUUUACCUAAAGUGGAUAUGUCAAUUCUGCCAUCUUAUAUUUUAACAAAUCAGAUAUAGUAAAUUAACUUAAUGGAGAAUGAAGUGUCGGUCAUUGUUGUGCUCAUGACAUCUGCAAAUGCUCCAAUAAUGAAACUUGUCAACAGUACAGAACAAGUAAUUGAUACUGUUGUGCUUGUAAAUUCGACCUUGCUAUCUGGUGCUACCUUAUAUGCAAACAUAACAGAUACUUUGCUCCAAA